AUGUGUCUGGGCUCGUUCUUUUCCUCCAACACCACACCAGGCACACGUGCGUCCGCGCCUCCCAUCCACGCACACACGCUCAGCCAAUCAGAGCGCAGGACAUGCACCAUUGGGCCCGGAGUGGAGCCAAUCACAGCCGACGCACUCAGAGCCCCAGCCAAUCACAGCGGCGCAGUCUCCAGCACGUCAGUAAAAGAUGAAUUCCCGUGUGUCCAGCUCCCCAGACUUUGUGCCCAGUGA